AUGGCCAUCAGCGCUACUUUGAAACCUACAACCAUCUUAGACGAAUUGUCCAACCUCUGGUGUCAAGCCAAUGAUCAAACUGAAAUCCCACUUGUAACCCUCAUACUCGGUAUCCACCAUUCCCGUACAUAUUCAACCGCAGCCAAUCUCAGCGUUACUCGCUCAACCACCGAGGAAGGAGCUAUGCAUGUAAUGCCCACGAUAGGCAGGUUAUUCCCUAAGCUCCACAAUCUUUUCAUCACUUCAUUCACUGGAGAUCGAUACUUCUUUUGCGAUAUCCCAUUUACGAUUGAAGAUCCCCUUAAAAUUCCAGUAAAGUCAAAUGAUCCUGACGUUGAUUUCGUUGGUUACCUCUCGAAUCUUAGAUUCUCAACUAACCUGCGAUAUCUCGACUGUGGUAUCUCAUUCCUUCCAGGAGCGAACCCCCCCGUCACACCCGAUGCUCGAGCUUCCGUAUCCAAGAAGGUAUUCAUCGAUCAGCUCCGGUCAUUCGACAAGGCAUCUGACGAAUAUCAAGAACACCUGAGGAAGUUUCGAAAUCGUCUCCGGGAUCUGAUCGGGAUCGUUCUCCUUCAUUUGCCAUCUCUCCAAGGAGGUGCGUUCUGGGAGCCAACAGUGGGGGAUACAUAUCCUGAAUCAUGGCUCAGAUGGUCAUGGUCAAUAGAAGCGGAGACCGAAACACCAAAAGAUGAUAGCGAUGCACAUGGUAAGAGAAGGAAAGACGGAGGAAGUUGUGUGGUCGUCGACACCAAGCCCAUCUGUUUCAAUUACCCCUUCAUGCUCGCUCGAAAUGGUGACAGUAUACCUAGCUCACCCUCCAGAAGCUUUCUUACGAAUACUCAAGGUGUAGAAGAAGGGAAGAAGCAAGAUAGAGAUGGCGAUAUUUCCAGAUGGGAAGAGGAUGAUAAUUGGUGA